AUGGGGGAUUCAUCAAAUUCAACAGGAACAGGUGAAAAGAGAGCUCAUGAAACGUCAGCAGACAGCCCGGAUAUAAAAAUUGAAGAAGAUCUUAUAAAUCCUACUUUACAGCAUGCAGAUUUUGUAGUUGUGGCGGACAGCACUGGUGAAGCAAUGGAGCUUCCGACUGCGUCGGAUAACACUUUGUAUAUGACCACACUCCAAGCCACAUAUCCCGGAGCCACUGGGAUGAAGUACAAAAAUCCAAAAACGGGAGCGUUGCGAGCUGUUGCUGUCGACGCUACGGGUACAAAACUUCUUCCACCUGCUGACGGUUGGGACGAUAAGGUAUUCACGGUAAUCACAUCUAACUCGCGCAACGAUCGAGUAGAUGUCUUGAAAGCAUUCGUAGUAUUAGCACACCUGCGUUCGUCCACCGAUGUUAGCGUUGAGAUUCGGUCCUUGCGAGUAGUAUUGCACCGAUCUGUGCCAGAACUACUGUUUAUUAUCCUUGCUAUGCAGAUAUCGCAGGAAAUCGUGAAAGCUGGCUUUGUGAUAAGCGCCAUGACGUGA